AUGGCGUUUGGUGAUGCCUGGAAACAACUAUCUUGGUUUUAUUACCAAUAUCUACUCGUAACAGCGCUGUAUAUGUUGGAGCCGUGGGAGAGGACCAUCUUCAAUUCUCUUCUCAUCACAGUGGCAGCAAUGGCAGUGUACACUGGUUAUGUGUUCAUGCCCCAGCACAUAAUGGCUAUAUUACACUAUUUUGAAGUAGUCCAGUCGCAGUGACGUCAUCUCCAGUAAUCAUCAGAAAGCUCGCGAGCUCCCCCUGGUGGCCGUAAUAAAAAGGAACUGUUCUGGAACUAUUUACCAGCUGACCUGUGAUCAGUGUGAGCAAGGACGGAUUGAUGAUGAGUGAGAAGGCCUGUCUCAUACAGUCUUAUCAUUUGUGUGGCUAUGUAGUCCCACAUAGCAAAAUCCUGUAAUUGCAGUAGCACACACUGCCCUGUCUUUUUAUAUGUACUACAACUUUUUGUUUUUAAUGAUCCUUUUCCUUCGUGGCAGCGGUAUAUUCAGAUGAUAAAAUAUUUUUUGAUAUAAAUGUGUAUAUUUAAUUGUAUACAUAUUUGCAAAGUUUGUAUAGAGAUUUAUUUUGGCUGACCUAAAUGAUUUGGUUCGCUAUAGUGGAAUGAUAUAUUGUUGAUAUUGUUUUUGUCAUGACCAGCACAAUAUUUAUUAUCUCACCUUUGUGAGUCACGCAGUACAUAAUAAUCUGAACUGAUGUGUGAUGUCCAUGAGUGCUCAUAAGAAAAUGGUCGCUCGGGUCAUACAUCAGAAUCAGCCUUAGUGACGGUAAAUCAGAGGACUGUUUGAUUAACUUUUGUAUUAAGUCAUUGUUUGUUUCUCCCCAAGUAGGCACAGUGUUUCACGCAUGGCAAUUAUCAUCAGAUGAGUAAUUUGAUGAUAAUGUAGUGAUGCUUAUUCAAUGCUUAGACUUUUUUAUCUGUCCGUUUUGGUGCCUAUGACAAAAGUAUAAUGCCUUUGAGUGUAAACUUCUGUUUUAAAUCUACUUUAAGUUGUUAAAGUUAACAUACUGUAAAUAACAGACGCUAAGACUGCUACUGGUAACUGCAAGACUUUAUCAUUAGUUAUGAAAUAAAAAUUGUAUGAUGUGUUGAAUCUUUAAAA